AUGGCAUACUAUCCUCCCUCAGCCCUGAUACCCAUCUACGCCCUGUUUCUCAGCAUCGGCAUCAUUCUCACAACUCUCCGCAUCUUCAUCCGCUUCUACCACAACAUUGCCCCCAAUCAAUACCGCAAUUCCUUCUCCCUCGACGACUUCUUCAUUCUCAUUGGCCUCAUCGUUGUAUCAACGUGCACAGCUAUCCAAUUCUACAACAUCACACACGGAACUGCUGGCGGUGCCGUCUCAAAUGCUACGAAAAAAGAAGCAAUCAUUGUCGAAUGGAAAGUCGAAUAUGCAAUGAUGGCGAUUGAGAAAGUGGCUUUUGGCGCUAUCAAGUUAUCACUGCUAUUCUACUACAACAGAAUCUUCUGGUCGUACCAGAGUUUCAACAAGAUCAACAAUAUGCUUAUUAGCUUGGUGGCGUUAUGGACUGUAGCAUUUGUCUUGGCAGACCUGCUCCUUUGUGGAAAAGACAUCGAGCUGAACUUCGCCUUGGACCAAACGGUAUCGCAGGAGAAGUGCGGCGAUAAGGGCAUGGUACUUGUUAUGUUCGCAGCAACAAGUGUGCUCACUGAUGUUCUUGUUGUUGGACUCCCACUACCGUAUAUUCGAAAGUUGAAGCUGGAGAGGCGGAAGAAGAGGGCGGUGUAUUUUGUGUUCUUGUUGGGUGGAAUCUCUACACUUGCAGGCCUGCUCCGUCUCAUCUUCCUCUGCGUGGCUUAUCAGCUCGGCAGGCUCAAAAGGGACUACAGAGCGCCUCCGGAAGCGAAGACACCCCGUGUGCUUCAAGCCAUCCAACCCACGUUCUGGGUAAUGAUGGAAAUGCUGAUCGGACUGUGGGCUGCGAACCUGC